CAGCAGAGACCAGAUUCUCCUGAACCCAGCUGUGUGUCCAUGAAGAGUGACUGGUCUAUGGGUGUACCUUUUCACUUCAAACAAGGACAUCAGUCUGCUGAUCAGAGGAUCCAUCAGCAGAGACCAGAUUCUCCUGAACCCAGCUGUGUGUCCAUGAAGAGUGACUGGUCUAAUGAUCGAUUUAUUACCUUCAAACAUGGACAUCAGUCAGCUGAUCAGAGAGUUCAUCAGCAGAGCUCAGAGGUUCUCAGUGGUCAGUCUGUCCAGCAGCAUCAAACACAGCUGGACUCCAUAUUUAUGCUGCUGGAGGAGAACAUCAGCAGGUUUGUGAAGAACGAGCUGAAGAAGAUGCAGAAGGCUCUUAGUCCAGAUUACCCAGAAUGCUUAGAGAGUCACAAUGAGGAUGAGGAGGUGUUGGAUGGUGAGGAGGAAGAGCAGAGGAGGAGCAGCAGAGAGGCAUUUCUGAAGAUCACAGUGCACUUCCUGAGGAGAAUGAAGCAGGAGGAGCUGGCUGAGCUUCUGCAGAGCAGAACUCCAGGUGCAGCUAUCUCCUGUCAGCAUAAACUCAAGUCUAACCUGCAGAAGAAGUUCCAGUGUCUGUUUGAGGGGAUCGCUAAAGCAGGAAACCCAACCCUUGUGAAUCAGAUCUACACACCGCUCUACAUCACAGAGGGAGGGACUGCAGAGGUCAAUGAUGAACAUGAGGUCAGACAGAUUGAAACAGCAUCCAGGAAACCAGACAGACCAGAAACAACAAUCAGACAAGAAGACAUCUUUAAAGCCUCACCUGGAAGAGAUGAACCAAUCAGAACAGUGAUGACAAAGGGAGUGGCUGGCAUUGGGAAAACAGUCUUAACACAGAAGUUCACUCUGGACUGGGCUGAAGACAAAGCCAACCAGGACAUACACUUCACAUUUCCAUUCACUUUCAGAGAGCUGAAUGUGCUGAAAGAGAAAAAGUACAGCUUGGUGGAACUUGUUCAUCACUUCUUUACUGAAACCAAAGAAGCAGGAAUCUGCAGGUUUGAAGAGUUCCAGGUUGUGUUCAUCUUUGACGGUCUGGAUGAGUGUCGACUUCCUCUGGACUUCCACAACACUGAGAUCCUGACUGAUGUUACAGAGUCCACCACAGUGGAUGUGCUGCUGACAAACCUCAUCAGGGGGAAACUGCUUCCCUCUGCUCGCCUCUGGAUAACCACACGACCUGCAGCAGCCAAUCAGAUCCCUCCUGAGUGUGUCAGCAUGGUGACAGAGAUCAGAGGGUUCACUGACCCACAGAAGGAGAAGUACUUCAGGAAGAGAUUCAGAGAUGAGGAGCAGGCCAGCACCAUCAUCUCCCACAUCAAGACAUCACGAAGCCUCCACAUCAUGUGCCACAUCCCAGUCUUCUGCUGGAUCACUGCUACAGUUCUGGAGGAUGUGUUGAAAAGCAGAGAGGGAGGAGAGCUUCCCAAGACCCUGACUGAGAUGUACAUCCACUUCCUGGUGGUUCAGUCCAAACUGAAGAACGUCAAGUAUGAUGGAGGAGCUGAGACAGAUCCACACUGGAGUCCAGAGAGCAGGAAGAUGAUUGAGUCUCUGGGAAAACUGGCUUUUGAGCAGCUGCAGAAAGGCAACCUGAUCUUCUAUGAAUCAGACCUGACAGAGUGUGGCAUCGAUAUCAGAGCAGCCUCAGUGUACUCAGGAGUGUUCACACAGGUCUUUAAAGAGGAGACAGGGCUGUACCAGGACAAGGUGUUCUGCUUCGUCCAUCUGAGUGUUCAGGAGUUUCUGGCUGCUCUUCAUGUCCAUCUGACAUUCAUCAAGUCUGGAGUCAAUCUGCUAGCAGAAGAACAAACAACAUCCCACAUAUGUUUCUACCAGAGUGCUGUGGAUGAGGCCUUAAAGAGUCCAAAUGGACACCUGGACUUGUUCCUCCGCUUCCUCCUGGGUCUUUCACUGCAGACCAAUCAGACUCUUCUACGAGGUCUGCUGACACAGACAGGAAGUAGCUCACAGACCAAUCAGGAAACAGUCGAGUACAUCAAGAAGAAGAUCAGUGAGAAUUUGUCUGCAGACAGAAGCAUCAAUCUGUUCCACUGUCUGAAUGAACUGAAUGAUCGUUCUCUAGUGGAGGAGAUCCAACGGUACCUGAGACCAGGAAGUCUCUCCACAGUUAAACUGUCUCCUGCUCAGUGCUCAGCUCUGGGCUUCAUCUUACUGUCAUCAGAAAAAGAUCUGGACGUGUUUGACCUGAAGAAAUACUCUGCUUCAGAGGAGGCUCUUCUGAGCCUGCUGCCAGUGGUCAAAGCCUCCAACAAAGCUGUGUUGAAUGGCUGUAACCUCUCAGAGAGAAGCUGUGCAGCUCUGUCUUCAGUUCUCAGCUCCCAGUCCUCUUGCCUGAGAGAGCUGGACCUGAGUAACAACAACCUGCAGGAUUCAGGAGUGAAGCAACUUUCCGCUGGACUGGAGAGUCCACACUGUACACUGAAGACUCUCAGUCUGUCAGGAUGUCUGAUCACAGAGGAAGGCUGUGCUUCUCUUGCCUCAGCUCUGAGGUCCAACCCCUCCCAUCUGAGAGAGCUGGACCUGAAUCUGGACGUGUUUGACCUGAAGAAAUACUCUGCUUCAGAGGAGGCUCUUCUGAGGCUACUGCCAGUGGUCAAAGCUUCACAUAAAGCUGUGUUGAGUGGCUGCAACCUCUCACAGAGAAGCUGUGCAGCUCUGUCCUCAGUUCUCAGCUCCAAGUCCUCUAGUCUGAGAGAUCUGGACCUGAGUAACAACAACCUGCAGGAUUCAGGAGUGAAGCACCUUUCUGCUGGACUGGAGAGUCCACACUGUACACUGAAGACUCUCAGGUUGAGUGGCUGUAACCUCUCAGAGAGUAGCUGUGCAGCUCUGUCCUCAGUUCUCAGCUCCCAGUCCUCUAGUCUGAGAGAUCUGGACCUGAGUAACAACAACCUGCAGGAUUCAGGAGUGAAGCAGAUUUCUGCUGGACUAGAGAGUCCACACUGUACACUGGAAACACUCAGUCUGUCAGGAUGUCUGAUCACAGAGGAAGGCUGUGCUUCUCUGGCCUCAGCUCUGCGGUCCAACCCCUCCCAUCUGAGAGAGCUGGACCUGAGCUACAAUCAUCCAGGAGACUCAGGAGAGAAGCUUUUGUCUGCUGGACUGGAGGAUCCACAGUGGAGACUGGACACUCUCAGGGUGGACCAUGGUGGAGAGCAGUGGUUAAAACCUGGUCUGGAGAAGUAUUUCUGUGAACUCACACUGGACACAAACACAGUAAACUAUUACCUCAAAGUGUCUGAUAACAACAGGAAGGUGACACGUGUGAAGGAGGUUCAGUCAUAUCCUGAUCAUCCAGACAGAUUUGACUAUUGGCCUCAGCUGCUGUGUAGUAAUGGUCUGACUGGUCGCUGUUACUGGGAGGUUGAGUGGAGAGGACACGUUGAAAUAUCAGUGAGUUACAGAAGAAUCAGCAGGAAAGGACACAGUGAUGACUGUUCGUUUGGAGAUAACGAUCAGUCCUGGAGUCUGGAGUGCUCUGAUGAUGGUUACUCUGUCUGGCACAAUAACAAAGCAACAUACCUCUCCUCCUCCUCCUCCUCUGUCUCUGGUAGAGUAGCAGUGUAUGUGGACUGUCCUGCUGGCACUCUGUCCUUCUACAGAGUCUCCUCUGACACACUGAUCCACCUCCACACCUUCAACACCACAUUCACUGAACCUCUGUAUCCUGGGUUCUGGGUCGAACCUGGUUCCUCGAUGUCUCUGUGUCCUCUGUCUGAGGUGAACACUCCCAGGGUGGACCAUGGUGGAGAGCACAGGUUAAAACCUGGUCUGAAGAAGUAUUUCUGUGAACUCACACUGGACACAAACACAGUACACAGACUCCUCAAACUGUCUGACAACAACAGGAAGGUGACACAUGUGGAGGAGCGUCAGUCAUAUCCUGAUCAUCCAGACAGAUUUGACUACUGGCCUCAGCUGCUGUGUAGUAAUGGUCUGACUGGUCGCUGUUACUGGGAGGUUGAGUGGAAAGGAAGAGUUGAUAUAUCAGUGAGUUACAGAAGAAUCAGCAGGAAAGGAGACAGUGAUGACUGUUUGUUUGGAUGGAACAAUCAGUCCUGGAGACUGUUCUGCUCUGAUGAUGAUGGUUACUCUGUCCGUCACAAUAAGAGAGGAGCAUCCAUCUCCUCCUCCUCCUCCUCCUCUGUCUCUGACAGAGUAGCAGUGUAUGUGGACUGUCCUGCUGGCACUCUGUCCUUCUACAGAGUCUCCUCUGACACACUGAGUGAACACUCCCAGAGAAAGCUAGAUUGGAAAGUCCAGAUGAUGAUGAACAGCUUGGUGGUUGUCACAGAGGUGGAGGACAGACGGGACAGCGCUACACCUGCCACACAUAAAGGACUUGAUCCGUCCACAUCCAACACAAACCUCGAUGUGUCUGAGGACAGCAAAGACGGUCAGCUGGAUCCUGAUGACCCAGAGAGGCUGAAGCAGCAGCAGCAGCUUGAGCACAGAGAGGAUCUGACUGGGACGAGUCAUGGGCAGGACUUCACACCCAAACUGCUGCCUGAGUCUACAAACAUUUCAUACAGGUUCAGCUGUCCUGGUCCAGGUGUGUUCAGGUGUACUUUGACUGGACUGGUGUUUGGUACGGUUCAGGAGGCGGAGCUACAGUACAGGACUGUCCAAUGGGACGAAAGACUUCUACAACCAGCUGGCAAGAUGGCUGCAGGGCCGCUGUUCAACAUCCACAGUCCUGACGGUGCUGUCAGUCAGCUCCACCUGCCACACUGUGAAACCAUGGAUGCUCCGCUCCCUGAUGGUCUGCUGUCUGUCGUCCACAUCACUGAUGAUGGAAUGAGCAUCCUGGAGCCGCUGGAGAUUACAGACACUCAUGUGGUUGUGAACGUCCCUCACUUCUCUCUCCUGGGCCUCGUCUGGGACGUUGUUACGAGAUUCCUGAACAACACAAUUAGGGGCCAGGUUCUGCUGUUCCUCCGACCUCCGGAUGAUGAUGAUGAUCAAAUACUUGAUGUAUUUCUGCUGCAGGGCAAUAUUCCUCUGAGCGAGGUUGCCGCCCAACAAGGAGCAGCUGAGAACAUUAAGAUCUCUUCUGACUGUGAUCUCAGCAUUGGUCAAAGUUACAGUGUUCACUGUGAACCUGAAGCCUCCAUAAUCCAGCCUGAGCAUACACAAUUUCGCACAAAGUGUGGACCAAACUUUUUCCCAACGUUUGAGGUUUUCCUCACUACAAAACAUAACAAAAUGGCUUUCAUGGUCCAAGACCAAGAGGGGACACGAAGGUGGAAUCGGCUGGUGCAACUGAGAGGUUCAAGAAGUGAAAAUCUACAGAGGAAUCUCCAAGCAGAGGACAUCGUUCCAGCGGAGGAGAGGCUGCGCUCAAUACGGACACAGUUUGUUAACAGAGUGUCUGAACCUAAUCUAGACAAGCUUCUGGAUAAACUUCUUGAGUUUGGGGUUAUAAAUGAUGAUGAAAUGCAGUUAGCCAGCACAAAAACAGGAGCAAACAAAGCUCGAGAAGUGAUCGACACGGUGCGAAGAAAGGGAACUGAAGCCAGCUCACGUUUUAUUGUUGCCCUCCGUGAAGUGGAUCCAAACCUUUCCAGACUGCUCAACUUAAGCUGA